AUGCAUCUGUCACUGUGGAAGCCUAUUUCCCACUGCGCUGCUCUCAUAUUGGACAAGAAGAGCAAGAGGAAAAAUGGGUCGGAAUCCGAUCUCGAGAUUUCCAGAAACCCAUCAAUUCUCCGGAAACUUCAAGAGCACAGGUUGAGGGAAGCGCUCGAGGAAGCUUCUGAAGAUGGGUCACUCGUCAAAUCCAAGGACAUGGAUGAUUCCGAGGCGGCCGCUGCUGCAAGCAACCAAGACGAAGGAACAAUCGGCCGAUCGAGAUCGCUGGCGAGGCUUCACGCCCAGCGGGAGUUUCUUCGUGCCACGUCCCUUGCUGCAGAUCGAGUGUUCGAGACCCCAGAUUCCAUUCCUGAGCUUCAUGAGUCGUUCUCCAAGUUCCUCACUAUGUACCCAAAGUACGAGUCUUCUGAGAAAGUUGAUCAGUUGAGGUCAGAUGAGUACACCCAUUUGUCUCCCAAGGUAUGCCUUGAUUACUGUGGGUUUGGGCUGUUUUCAUACCUUCAGACUCUACAUUACUGGGAAUCUUCCACUUUUAGCUUGUCCGAGAUAACUGCGAAUUUGAGCAAUCAUGCGCUUUAUGGUGGUGCUGAGAAGAACACUGUGGAAUAUGAUAUCAAGGCUAGGAUAAUGGAUUACUUGAACAUCCCUGAGAAUGAAUAUGGCCUUGUUUUUACGGUGAGUAGAGGUUCUGCUUUCAAAUUGCUUGCAGAAUCCUACCCUUUUCACACAAAUAAGAAGUUGUUGACCAUGUUUGAUUACGAGAGUCAGUCUGUGAAUUGGAUGGCUCAGAGUGCCAAGGAGAAAGGUGCAGAUGUUUACAGUGCUUGGUUCAAAUGGCCAACCCUUAAGCUUUGCUCAACAGAUUUGAGGAAGCAGAUUUCGAACAAGAAAAGACGGAAGAAGGAUUCUGCCACUGGUUUAUUCGUCUUCCCUGUGCAGUCGAGGGUUACAGGAGCCAAGUAUUCUUAUCAGUGGAUGGCACUUGCUCAGCAGAACAACUGGCAUGUGUUGCUUGAUGCUGGAUCAUUAGGCCCCAAAGAUAUGGAUUCACUUGGUUUAUCAUUGUUUCGACCUGAUUUCAUCAUCACUUCGUUUUACCGUGUGUUUGGGUUUGACCCAACUGGGUUUGGAUGUCUUCUUAUUAAGAAAUCUGUCAUGAGUUGUCUUCAGCGUCAGUCUGGCAGUACAGGGUCUGGGAUAGUGAAGAUAACUCCGGAGUAUCCUCUCUAUUUGAGUGAUUCUGUAGAUGGUCUAGAUGGGACGACUGGUGUUGAAGAUGACGAGGUUAUGGGAAGUGAUGAAAAUGGUACUACGGAACCGCGUCAAGGGACGCAGCUGCCUGCAUUCUCCGGGGCAUUUACACCUGCUCAAGUGAGCGAUGUUUUUGAGACCGAGAUGAGUCAUGACAACAACUCGGAUAGAGAUGGGACGAGCACUAUAUUUGAAGAAACAGAAAGCAUCUCUGUUGGUGAAGUGAUGAAAAGCCCUGUUUUCAGCGAAGAUGGAUCGUCAGACAAUUCGUUCUGGAUUGAUUUGGGCCAGAGCCCGUUGGGUUCCGACUCUGCAGCAAAACACAAGUCAACUGGCUCUCCGCUGCCACCUUUUUGGUUCUCCAGCAAGAAGAAUCACAACAAGAGAAACUCAACAAAACUGACUUCAAAAAUCUACAGCAGUCCACUGUAUGAUGACAAGGUGUUGUCAUUUGAUGCUGCGGUUUUAUCAGUUUCUCAGGAGCUGGACCGUGUUAAGGAGGUUCCUGAAGUAGAGCAGUAUGGCCAUACAAACCUGAGAGAGGGUCUUAAUCAUAUGCAUGUUUCCGAGAUUGAAGAAGAAGAACCAGCAAACGGGUUUCAUAAUGGCACUGACAAAAUAGAGAGUGCUAUAAGAAGAGAAACAGAAGGUGAAUUUCGGUUACUGGGAAGAAGGGAAGGGAACCGAUAUUCUGGUGGUAGAUUUCUUGGAGUGGAUGAGAGUGAACAUCCGAGCAGGCGAAGAAGGGUGUCAUCUAGCGCGGAGGAGAGUCGUAAAGAACUCGUGACUGAGCCAGGGGAAGUAUCUAUAGCUACACUAGAAGAUGAUAAUGACGUGUACACAAGCGAUGGUGAGUUUGGUGAGGGGAUGCAGGAUUGGGAUAGGCGAGAGCCUGAGAUAAGUUGCCGGCAUUUGGAUCAUGUGAACAUGUUGGGCCUCAAUAAGACGACUCUAAGGCUUCGAUUUUUGAUCAACUGGCUUGUGACUUCAUUGCUGCAACUGAGAUUACCCAUUGCCGAAGAAGGGGAAGGAGGAGGAGGAAUGCAUCUUGUCCACAUUUAUGGACCGAAGAUCAAGUACGAGAGAGGUGCUGCAGUUGCUUUCAACAUCAGGGAUAGAAACCGGGGGCUUGUGCAUCCUGAAGUUGUUCAGAGGCUAGCUGAAAGAGAAGGGAUAUCUCUUGGCAUUGGGUUUCUCAGUCACAUACGAAUCGUGGAUGGCCCUAGACAGCAUAAGAGUGGCUUGAACCUUGAAGACGCUACUGCCCUUUGCAGGGCGGUGGAGACUGGUGGUCGCGGAAAAUCAGGUUUUAUAAGAGUCGAGGUUGUCACUGCCUCGCUAGGGUUUCUGACCAACUUCGAAGAUGUUUACAAACUAUGGGUUUUUGCUUCCAAGUUUCUAAAUCCUGGAUUUACCAGAGAAGGCAGCCUUCCGACGGUUGAAGAAGGCGAAGAAACAUGA